UCGAAAUACGAAGUUAAGAGAUGUCAUCAAAAAAAUGUCAAAAAAAUGUUGAUUGCUGUUGUUGACAAGUUGAUCGUAAUUUUGUUUUUAUUUUUGACUUUAAACACGCUGUUUGUAUCGAGUACCGGCGAAAGUAGUGAAGAAACUAUAUUAGAAGAUUUUGUCAUCUGUCGCCAAUGCGGUACAGAUGUUUCGUUGAGUAAUUUUUUGAUAAACAAGCCAGCCGCAUCAACACUUGACUCGAACAAUAUAACAUUGUUCAACAAAACGAGUGUUUUAGUCCAACAACUGGAAAAUCCAGCUGGUGUUCGCUUCCAAAUUGUUACAGUGAACAUAGCAUUUUGUGCGAAAAUUUAUACGCAGUGGCGUGACUCUUAUUCUUGGUUUCCCGGAUACGCGUGGAAAUUAUGCCUUUGCCCUAAGUGCUCGACACACAUUGGAUGGAUGUUUGAACCCGUUGCAACAGCAACAGACACACAGAUAUUACCAACUGAAAAAGGUUUUUACGGUAUCAUCGUUAGUAACGUCUUGACAGAGUCUUUUGUAAAUUCAUUGUUGAUGACCGAACAUCAUCAUUCGAAAGACACAUCAUAAGCCCUGAGAGAUCCGACUACAGUUUUUUUUGGUUCUCCUUGCAAUCAUGGUGGAUCCAAACCGUAAAAUUAAUCAUCUAACCGAUGAUGAUGUGAAGUACUUGAACGAGUGUGAGAACGAAUUCAAAGAUCGAUUUACGGAAAAUGAUGAGGAGUUUACGGCCCUCUUCAAAACGCCGCCAUCUGAUCCGCCUAUUGUGACCCCAUGGAUGGUACGAUCCAGCAACGCUGGUCCGAGCAAUUAUCGCGGCGGACAUCAUCAACGAUCCGGUGGUAAUUACAAUCAACGGCCAUAUCAGCAUCGCCCACAUCGGGGUCGCGGUGGCGGCGGUGGCAAUUACAAUCGAAAUUAUCAUCACAAUGAUAAUAAUGACCGACGUGGCACAAAGCGGCCGUAUAAUUACAAUAGUGGACAUGAUCAUCAGUCGGACAAUUACCAUAACGACCGUAAACGUGAUUAUAAUUGACUGAAUCGAUUAAGCUUAGGUUGAUGUUCUCACAUUAUGUAAAUAGUUUUAAAUUUAUUAAGUUUUCUCGGAUGAAACAACCAAACCUGUUUUGACUAGCACGACAAUGGUGGAGUGAAGCGUUCGUACGGUCACACCCUAACAGUAGAACUAUUUUAUUAAAUAUAUGGAACCGAAGAGACUACUUUUCGUGUGUGAGUGUAUGCGUGCGUGUUACUGCACCUGAUGUGCGUUCGAUUUUCAAAUAGUAUUGAUCAACACACGAAAGAGUGGUAUAACAAAGAGCCCGAACGACAUCGAAUUUCUUAGCCAGUUUCUAAAUUGUUGGUUUCCUAGAAAAUUAUCCUUAUGUUUCAUUAACCUUUCGAUGCAAUGCUUCAGUCUACUUCAUUUUAUGUGCAAAAAAAAAUACCACAAAGCCUUUGAACUGAAUUCCGCCUCCGUCUUUAAUCCCACCCUUUCGUUUGCCGUUAGUUUUACGUUUUUUGUGCUGCUCAAAACACAUCACACAAAUUGUUUGCAGCCGAUUUUUUUUGUCAUGAUUUUCAGUUGAUUUUGUCUGAGGCGACUGAAACGUUCACCGAGUGAAACGACACCAAGAAUUAAAGACCUAGCAAAAAUGUUAUUUGUACAAAAUUUACUUUGAAUGAAUAAAAAGUGUGUUGAAAAUUAUGCCGUUUCA